UUACUGCCCCGGAAGAAACCGUUAUUCAGCCGUUUCUCUUUGAGCAGUAUUUCACCAUCAAAACAGAGACCGACUCCACGGCAAAUGUAACCGUUUCAACGGAAAGCCACAAUGGGGUUCACACCGGGAGGCUUUCUUGGUGACACACCGUCGAAGGUGCCUCCGUUGUUUCCUUUUCUGUUGACGUUCCUGCUCGUCGGGAGCCGAGGCGACAGCAACGCGAUGGACAACGUCUCGACUGAGAGGCUGGCCGAGGAGAGCCACCGACAGGACAGUGCCAAUCUACUCAUCUUCAUCAUGCUCCUAACGCUCACCAUCUUGACCAUAUGGUUGUUCAAACACCGGCGAUUCAGGUUCCUGCACGAAACGGGACUCGCCAUGAUCUACGGCGUGUUGGUGGGUGUGAUCCUGCGUUUUGGCGUCCAUGUGCCCCAGAACAUGAGUGACGUGAUCCUUGGCUGUGCGGUCAACGCCAGUCCAGCUACUCUGCUGGUCAACGUCAGUGGGCGCUUUUACGAGUACACUCUGAAGGGCGAAGUCAGCCGCGGCAAAGGUCACCAAGUGCAGGACGAUGAGAUGCUGAGAAAGGUGACUUUUGACCCUGAAGUGUUUUUCAACAUUUUGCUGCCUCCCAUCAUCUUCCACGCCGGUUACAGUCUGAAAAGGAGACAUUUCUUUAGAAACAUCGGCUCCAUCUUGGCUUAUGCUUUUGUGGGCACAGUUAUCUCCUGCUUUGUGAUUGGGCUGAUCAUGUAUGGCUUUGUGUCCUUCAUGAAAGCUGUGGGCCAGCUCCGGGGCGAUUUCUUCUUUACCGACUGCCUCUUCUUCGGAGCCAUCGUCUCAGCAACAGACCCAGUGACGGUGCUGGCUAUCUUCAAUGAGCUAAAAGUAGAUGUGGACCUGUAUGCUUUACUCUUUGGCGAGAGUGUCCUCAACGAUGCUGUGGCCAUCGUACUCUCUUCCUCCAUCGUGGCCUACCAGCCUGCAGGAGACAACAGCCACAGCUUUGAGGCCAUGGCCAUGUUGAAAUCCUUCGGCGUCUUCCUUGGCGUCUUUAGUGGCUCCUUUGCUCUUGGGGUGGUGACCGGAUUCAUGACGGCUCUCGUGACCAAGUUCACUAAGCUGAGGGACUUUCCCUUGCUGGAGACGGCGCUCUUCUUCCUCAUGUCCUGGAGCACCUUCCUAUUGGCUGAGGCCUGCGGGUUCACAGGCGUGGUGGCCGUGCUGUUCUGUGGGAUCACUCAGGCUCACUACACUUUCAACAAUCUCUCCCCUGACUCUCAGGACAGAACUAAACAGUUGUUUGAGCUCUUGAACUUCUUGGCAGAGAACUUCAUCUUCUCCUACAUGGGUCUGACUCUCUUCUCUUUCCAAUCACACGUCUUCAACCCAUUGUUCAUCGUCGGAGCCUUUCUGGCGGUGUUUCUGGGCAGGGCUGCAAACAUCUACCCUUUGUCCUUCCUGCUCAACUUGGGCCGCAAGAACAAAAUUGGAUCCAAAUUUCAGCACGUCAUGAUGUUUGCAGGACUACGUGGGGCGAUGACCUUUGCCCUUUCAAUCAGAGACACGGCGACUUACGCCCGCCAGAUGAUGUUUUCCACUACCCUCCUGAUUGUCUUCUUCACUGUCUGGAUCUGUGGAGGAGGCACCACGCCGAUGCUGUCCUUCAUGAGCAUCCCGGUGGGUGUGGACUCUGAUCAGGACAACCCUAAUGCCGCGGUGUUGGAUGGAUCCCAGCGGAGGGACACCAAACAUGAGAGCGCCUGGCCCUUCAGGAUCUGGUAUAACUUUGACCACAACUACCUGAAGCCCCUCUUGACCCACAGCGGCCCUCCACUCACUUCUACCAUGCCCACCUGUUGUGGACCGCUGGCCCGAUGCCUCACCAGCCCACAGGCCUAUGAGAACGAAGGCCGGCUCUUCGACGACGACUCUGACUUCGUCCUGAAUGACGCCACUGUGAGCUCCAUGUACGCCGACGUCACCGUCAGCACCGACGCGUCUGGCCGCACCGUCAACCGCUCGUCCUCCGGCACAAGGGGCCCGUCUGAUGACUGUGUGGAUCACGACCUGGCGUUGGCGGAACACGAGGUGGCCAUCAGGGGCACGCGCCUGGUCCUGCCCGUGGAUGACCCGGUGGAGCCCCCGGCCACUGUCACCUUGCCCCCCCCUCCGUCCCCGCCCUGCUCCGAGCCUCGCAGGCAGAGACCGUGAAAAGGUUUAACGCUUAUCAGGAUGCAGCUUCGGUUUGAUUUUGCAUCCAUUGUUUGGAUUUGUUGUAAACGAAGUGCACCUCAAGUCUAAAGGUUACUGGAAAGUUGCAUAUUUGAGGAGCUUAAAAAAAAUGGGGCUGUUGUAUUUGCUCCUACGUUUGUACUACUGUGGUGAAAUACCAGUUCUUAUCUAUCCUCUAUUAGAGCCCCAACUCCCAUUUCUCCCAUCAUCCCUAAAUGUUACGAAUGCACUUUCCUCUUUUCUUCGGGUGAAGUUGCUCCGGACAACAGGACCUUGUAGGUGUCUAGCGUACAAGUAUUUGUAAGAUGACCUACAUUCUCAUUUUACACACUUCCCUGGUACUUUUAACUUUGCACUUGUUCAACGUAUUAACGUUCAGUGGUGUCAAAGAAUAUUUACACUAUGUUUCUGCAUCUAUCCACCGGCUGAUACGUCCCUCAAAAAGUUAAUAUGUGGGGGAGGCUCCAAAGGAGGAUCUGGGGAUUGUGAUCAGCCAUGGUGGGAAGUUAGGAAUUUUAGAUGUGGACAAGAAACAAAAGUGCUUGAAGAUUGUAAGAAGAUGCCAUUUGGCCAAAAAGCUCAAGCUGCAUCCGUAUAGAAUCGUCUCCACUAACUUACAUUUUUGAGCGCUGCCUUCCACUUUUCUUCUGGAUCAGUCUUUUCCACUUAUUCAUUUAUUUAUGUAACAUUAAAUGAUUUAUUUAUUUAUUAUUAAUUUAUUGUUGUGGUACUUUAAUGAUGAUCUCGGUGGGGAAAGGCUGUUUUUAUCUUUUUCUUAACAAAGCACUACAACUCUUCCAACGGAAGGUACUUGGUCUGGUAGAGCAGUCAAGAGGGAGGUGGAUAGUCAUCCCCGAAGCGUGUUCUGUUCUAUUCUAACAUGCGUGUGCAUGUAAAAAUAUCUCCUUCCUGUUCUGUAGCAGAUCCUACUUUUAGGAGCUUUCCUGAGUGUGUAUUUUAUAAGGUGGUGUGUCGCUAAUGUCAGAAUGAAAUCGUUCAAUCUAUCAAUGUGGUUAUCCGGGCUAACGUCUGGUUUUUCUGUUUUUAUCUGAUUUAAUUUUCUUUCAACAUAAAAAAAGAAAAGUAACUUCUGUUUUUUAUCAUCAAAAUGACUGAGGGCUGGCGGAACUGUUUUGACUUAAAGUGCCUAUUCAGAAAUGACUUAAUGUAGAUUUGUAUAUAUUUUGAUUUGCUAAUGUGUAGUAGGAUUAUCUUUUAAGAACCUUUGACUGAUGUUAAAUAUUGUGCUCCCGGUAUAAUUAGGCCAUUUGGUGACUGCCUGUAUAGUGGAAAUCACAAGCCUGAAACGUUGUACUAUUAUUAAUGGCAAAUACGUAUCGCUAAUUUAUUUGAUAGAGCAAUUGUGGAAAAUAUUUAGUAAGUGCCACAUUUAAUUGAUCAAAAAAUUAAAUGUGGCCCUUUACCAUGAAGCUAUUGGGUGACGUAUUUGAAUGCAAAUAUAUACUAAGGGCGAGGGAAACACACCGCAGACUUUUCCCAAAUGCAUUCCCAGCCUUUUUUGUUCCUUGAUUGGCGACCAAGACGUCUGUUCUGUUCCCACUUCAGCGAGAGAUCUUGCACCGAGGCAUGUCCCAAGUUAACCCUUGUUUGUACUGUUUUUUUUUUCUGUGGAAUUAAAAUCUUAUUCUUAAUAUCAGGUUUGAGAUUCUUUCAUCUUUUAUUUACGUUAUUUCAGUAAGGUAUCAUUUCAACACAGUUCCUAUGGGAAAUUGUUAACAUUCAAUGAAAAAUCUGAAAAUGUUUGUCUGUAGAAAUGGUUAAGUUGGAUUUGUAAAAUGUACACCUGCACAAGUCUAUACGUGAAUGUUUUUAAAAGGUGAACUUUUGAGGGGGGAUCUCUGAUUUAAAAGAUUCUGUAAAUGUACUACCUGAAGAUAAUAUAAAGAAACCUCACACA